UGGGUUUGCAAAAAGUUGGACACAACUGAGCGACUCAGCGUAGCACAGCAUAGGUUAACUUUAGCAAUGAAUGAUCAAGGACUCCCUGAUGGUCCAGUGGUUAAGAUUUGCCUUCCAGUGCAAGGGAUGUGAGUUUGCUCCCUCCUCAGGGAGCUAAGGAGCCCACAUGCCUUGAGGCCAAAAAACCGAAACAAAAUAGAAGCAGUAUUGUAACAAAUUCAAUAAAGACUUUAAAAAUGGUCCACAUCAAAAAUAUCUUUAAAUAAAUAAAUGAAUGAUCAGACUCUGUCCAUUCUUCCCCCACCAGCACUCCUACAACUCUGGUUCAGCCCUUGCUUUAUCUUCCUUGGACUUCAUGGUACCUUAAGUGCCAGGUUCUGGGCUGUGAGCUUUCACAGUGUCGUCUCCUUUAAGCCCCAUAGCCCCAGGUGAUGUCAUAUUUUAAGGAAGAAGUACCACUAGAAAGUUUUGAUCUUCAGUAAAGAGUUAGAAAUCAGUUUUACUCAAAGAGUUCCUGUUCUCUAUUGAAUAGGCUCUUGGUAUGCACCUCCUGGCAGAUUCUAACAAACUUAGCUAACAAGAGCCUUAGAGCUCUAAGAUGAGGAAGAUUAUUCACUGACAUUCCUUUCCUGAUACUGGGCACAUUGAAAAUAACCUGUUUAGCUAAUACCUGUUAUUCUUGGGCAUCCAGUAAAGACUUAAAAAAACCAGUCAAGGAAGUUACAGUUUUGUGGUCAGUUUACAUAGUUUCUUAAGAAUAAGAACUAUAGUUGCUAUGUAUUUAGGUAUGGUGCACAUGGAAAUUAAAGCGGUGGUUCUUAUAAUUUGGUUUGAAAUGUCAGGUUCCUCACUGUCUUUUGAGUGUUUCAGUAACGGCAGGUCAUUGAACACCAGUGCUUGUAUGAGGACUCACAGAAGGUAUUGUUCGGUGCAUACCCAAAGCCAUUUCCCCCUUCCAUGAAAACAGAAUCCUCGUUUUGGAGCUAGUGUCUUGCCACAGUGCAUUUAAGGAAGGUAGGCCCCUCCAAGUCAAGAUUGGGCUUUGCCAUCAUGAAAAUUGCAUUAUCUUUUACCAGUGAUUGUCUGAGAGGGGUGGAGGCAACGGACAGUGUGAGACCAAGUUCUGGCCAAGGAGAUCAAAGGGAAAUAGGCCAGGGUGAUGAGUUUUGGAAAACUUUUUUCUCUCUGGUAAAAAGAAAUUUCUCCUUCCUUCGAUACUGUUGUAUGAAGAUGUGAUGUCUGGAGCACUGGCAGCCAUCUUGCAGUCAUCAUGGCUCAAAGACAAAGCCAGAAUGCUAGGGCUUGCCAAGGGGACGGAUGGAAAACUCAGGUUCUCGACUGCACUGUUCUGUUGAGUUGAUAGCCCUGAAACCACCUGUCUCAGAGCUGCCGUUAUAUGAGAUAAUAAACAUCUAUUGUUUAAGCCAUUGUUAGUCAGGUCUUCUUUUACUUGCAGAGGAGAACAUCUUAACUGAUACAGGACUCUUUCCAUCCCGUGGACAGAAUCAGUUCACAAAGGUUCAAAGAAAACAGAUUGGUGGGGUAGUGGAGUUGCACGCCCACUGGCUCAGGGCAUGAAAAAAGCCACAGGCAGCGCCAGCCUCAGACUUAACUGGAUCCAGGCUCCUGGGCUCCGCUUUCCCCGUUUCUCAGCAGUGCUUGCCUUUCUUUUGGCCUCACUGUCAGGCUCUCUCCCCGCGGUAAGCCUCUCCAGCUUCAGGCUUACUCUCCUUGCAGUGGCGGUCACAGUGGGAGAGGUGGCCUCCUGUCCUCCCAGGUCCCACCAGAAGUUGUAGGAUGAACUCAGCAGAUGGCUACCCAGAACCGGGCAUGUGGUGGAGGGAUGGUGGGGGUCAGCCCAGCCUGUCCGGCCACAGAGUUUAUUUCUUCACCGAUGUUAUACAAAUAAAUGUAGCCGGAAGAGCCAGGUCUUAGGAAAUGGGGGGGUGAUGGAAAGUCCACCUUACUUUUAGUACUGAUUUUCUAACUCAGGUGAUUGGAAUGCUAAGAGCACUUCUAGGGACCAUGUGGGGGUCCAGAAAAUAGUUUUUGUUAUAUAAGAGGGCAUUUGGUUAGAAUUUAGAAAUGCUGACAGAGCUUUCAAAAUAGUCCUAUAAUUCAUAAAGCUGUGUAGAUGAGAGGAAAAUUUUUUUCUCAUACUGGAGCAAAGUGUAACAAAAUACUGAGAUACCCAAUAUUUCAAGAAUGUCCAAUUUUUGUGCCAAAACAGCUGCCAGAGAAAAUGGGGUUUUCAUUCUCUCAGGGAUCAGUUUUCCUAGCCUGCUUCUUCAACCAGAAGUUACUUUUUAGUCCAUAGUCGUUUAGAGAUAUUGCUGACCUUUUGUGUUAAGCAUUCAGAGUUCCUAAGGAACUGUUGGUAUGGACAAGGACUGCCAGAGAAAAUGGGGUUUUCAUUCCCUCAGGGAUCAGUUUUCCUAGCCUACUUCUUCUAACCAGAAGUUACUGUUCAGUCAUUUAGAGAUAUUGCUGACCUUUUGUGUUAGGCAUUCAGAGUUCCUAAGAAACCGAUGGUGUGGACGAGGACCGUCUGGGAACGUCUCUGGUGGUCCAGUGCUCCGACUCCGAGCUCCCAAUGCAAGGGGCCUGCAUUCAGUCCCUGGUCAGGGCGCUAGGUCCCACAUGCCACAACUAGAGUUUGCAUGCCGCAACUAGACCUGGUGCAGGUAUUCUCAUGGGAGCCGUUAUAAAAAUUAUAGAGUUUAAAAAACUGGCAAAUUGGAAGGAGGAAGAAAUGUUUCGUCCAAAUAUGUUUUUCCUCCUCUUGCUCCCACCUAUCAUAUUUGAGUCAGGAUACUCGUUGCACAAGGGUAAUUUCUUUCAAAAUAUUGGUUCCAUCACCCUAUUUGCUGUUUUUGGUACAGCAAUUUCCGCUUUUGUUGUAGGUGGAGGAAUUUACUUUCUGGGCCAGGCUGAUGUAAUCUCUAAACUCAACAUGACAGACAGUUUUGCAUUUGGCUCCCUGAUUUCUGCCGUUGAUCCAGUGGCCACUAUUGCUAUUUUCAACGCCCUUCAUGUGGACCCAGUGCUCAACAUGCUGGUGUUUGGAGAGAGCAUUCUCAAUGACGCAGUCUCCAUUGUCCUGACCAACACAGCUGAAGGUUUAACAAGAAAAAAUAUGUCAGAUGUCAGUGGGUGGCAGACCUUUUUACAAGCCCUUGGCUACUUCCUCAAAAUGUUCUUUGGCUCUGCGGCACUUGGUACCCUCACUGGCUUAAUAUCUGCAUUGGUGCUGAAGCACAUUGACCUGAGGAAAACGCCUUCCUUGGAGUUUGGCAUGAUGAUCAUCUUUGCCUACCUUCCGUACGGGCUCGCAGAAGGGAUCUCUCUCUCGGGCAUCAUGGCCAUCCUGUUCUCCGGCAUUGUGAUGUCACACUACACGCACCACAACCUGUCCCCGGUCACCCAGAUCCUCAUGCAGCAAACCCUGCGGACCGUGGCCUUCUUGUGCGAAACAUGUGUGUUUGCAUUUCUUGGCCUGUCCAUUUUUAGUUUCCCUCACAAGUUUGAAAUUUCCUUUGUCAUCUGGUGCAUAGUGCUUGUGCUGUUUGGUAGAGCGGUGAACAUUUUCCCCCUCUCCUACCUCCUGAAUUUCUUCCGUGACCAUAAAAUCACUCCGAAGAUGAUGUUCAUCAUGUGGUUCAGUGGCCUGCGGGGCGCCAUCCCCUACGCCCUGAGCCUCCACCUGGACCUGGAGCCCAUGGAGAAGCGGCAGCUCAUCGGCACCACCACCAUCGUCAUCGUGCUCUUCACUAUCCUGCUGCUGGGCGGCAGCACCAUGCCGCUCAUCCGCCUCGUGGACAUCGAAGACGCCAAGGCACGCCGCCGGAGCCGCAAGGACGUCAACCUCAGCAAGACAGAGAAGAUGGGCAACACCGUCGAGUCGGAGCACUUGUCGGAGCUCACGGAGGAGGAGUACGAGGCCCACUACAUCAGACGGCAGGACCUCAAGGGCUUCCUGUGGCUGGACGCCAAGUACCUGAACCCCUUCUUCACACGGCGGCUGACCCAGGAGGACCUCCACCACGGGCGCAUCCAGAUGAAAACGCUGACCAACAAGUGGUAUGAAGAGGUGCGCCAGGGCCCCUCGGGCUCGGAGGACGACGAGCAGGAGCUGCUGUGAUCGAGCGACGCCCCGGACGACCCCGCAAGGCCUCAGACGCGCGCACGGGCAGCUCUCCGCUCUCAGGGCGGAGGGAAGGAGGGUGACACCCGGGCCGGGGUCGUCCCAGCCCAGGACUCCGGACCCUGUGGGCCAGCCGACUGCCCUGCAGCGCCCCCUCCCCGCUCCUCACUGAGCCUGACCGCGGCCCGCAGACUGGAGGGCCCCCGUGCAGGUAGAUUCUUCCUGUUGCUUCCAGAGCCAGGGAGCAUUCAUCUGUCCAGCGAGGUGCCCGAGAGAACCCGCCGUGCGGGGUGUCCCGGGAGCGCGGUGCCAGUCACCGCCAUCCCUGGCUGCUGCCUUCUUCACAGAGCCCUUCCCUGCCGGGGGGCCGCGAGCCGGCCGCCGCUUCCCCGCACCUCGUCACGGUGCCGCGGCUCUCACCGAGCGGCGGGCUCAGAACCUCGCCCUCCCUUUCGUGAUGUUGCUCUCGCUCCGUGAAAAGGAGAAACCGAGUGACCGUUUUUGUUUUACCUCCGACUGGCACCUCACAGGCUGUCUCCCCAGGCGGCAGGCGGCUCCCGCCUCCUCUGGGAAUGCUGUGAAUGUUUACACUGGAACCGCGCGCGCACAGGCCCUGGAGCCUCGUUGAAAGCUGCAGCCCUGGUUUGGGGGGUGAGUGAGCCUCUGUGGGCUCAGAACGCCCUCUGGAGGGGAAACGUGGAGGCGCAGGUUUGUGCGGGCCUGCAGCCGCUGUCUGAAUUCGGUUUAAGUUGCCGCACUUUGACGGAGCAGUGAGAACCUAGCAGUACCUCCCUGACCUGACUCCUCGCUCAGUGGUCCUCGUUUGCCCAGGCCCCUUUCCCUGGGCCCCAACCGCGGGUGACCCGCUGCGCCGUCAGCUCAUCAGCAUCUCCUUUCCCGCUCCCUGUUCUCUGCCGUCUUGGGUCCUGUUUGCCCACCAUGCAUCCGCUUCCCGGGACUCCCGUGGCCUGGAGCCGGAUACAUCCGCGCCUCAUCUGCCAUGCGCGAGCAGCUACUGCUACCUCGGGACUCACCCAAGGGCGCCUGCACGCGCUCGCGCGCUCUUGCUCUCUCUCUCUCUCUCACACACACACACAGCACCGUGGUCCGGCCCCUGGGCCAUCUCAAGGUGUGAGCUGCCCAUCAUCACCAGAUGAAUGGUCACUGAGUUGCCCGCAUCCACCCCCGUCACCGGCCCUUUAACACGCCUCUACCUGGCUUGCUCUGUGCAUCCCCAGGCCACCGGCAAUUUCUAUAUGUGGCUCAGAGUCCCAGCUGGAGCCUCGGAACUCAGCGCCCCCUGGGGUGGUAUAAUUCAUCGCGAGCACGUCCCUGGGUCUGUUGGGGACCCGGUGGGCCAGCGUGGACCUUGGGCUGGCAGCAGAGCUGUCUCCGUCUUUUCCGCCCCAGGCAGGGUGGCUCAGGGUGUGAGGAGGGACGGACCUCAGGACCUUCCAGGACUCACGUGCCCUGCGUGCAAGGCCGGACCCCUGCCCUCACCCUUCCCCUUUCCCCGGAAGUGUAGGUGAGAAGCCAGGCAGGCGGACAGCCCAUGGCUUCCUUUUUGUGCAUGAAAAGUAAAUCUGUACUUGACUGCUAAAAGGUGAUCACUUCAUUUUGUCACAUUCCACCUUAACCUCGUAAUUUGAGCCAAAUAGGAUUAUUUUACUUCACCUAAUCUCCCCACUGGAAGAUUAAUGCCAGGCUUGAUUCCGGUCUCCAUCAUUUCCGGUUUCUUGUUGGUGGAAAAGUAAAAGAUGAAGUGGAGGGGACCUCUGUCCAUGCGCAGGGUGGGGGGAGGGCAGCAGGCCUCAGAGACCGGAUUGUCCUCUCAUUCUUCAGUUCAUCAGUAACUUGCCUCCCCACCCGCCUUGAAAUUCAGUCAGAUCUUGAGGUGUAAGUUGCAUUGUAAAUUCAAUAGCCUGCCAGAAAAGACUCUUUUUCGGCUGUGAGUACAUAGAUAUGGAAACAGGUCCUUCUCCGUUCACUGUGCCCUUGGUCACCAAGUCUCACCGGGCCUCCCACUUUUAGCUGAGACCCGAGAAGGACACUCCGUAGAGAAGCACGUGAGGGGCCUGGUGGAAGUUCCCCGGGGCUUGGCUGUGUGGAGGUGCUUGCCGGGGAACCCUUCCUGGUCUGGCCGGGCACCAGCCUGGACUUUAUGUGGGCCGCUGCUGCCCUCUGCUGGCCGAGUCGAGGUUUCGCAGUGUGGGAGCGCAGCCCGCGGGGAUGCGGGGAGCCCGUGUUCCUCAGCGUUCUGCGCGUUCACCUUUGCAUAGGCCAGAGCCCGUGGCGAGGUUUUUCUGGUGGACUUCUUUCAGCUGUCGUCGCCUGAGAAUCAAAAACUGCUGUCUGCCUUUACCGUUCCUGGGGUUUUCCUGGUGGCUUAGCUGGUAACAAAUCCACCUGCAAUGGGGGAGACCUGGGUUCGAUCCCUGGGUUGGGAAGAUCCCUUGGAGAAGGGAACAGGCUGCCCGCUCCAGUAUUCCGGGGUGUAUAAUUCCAUGGACUGUAUGUAUAGUCCAUGGGGUUGCAGAGAGUCAGACACAACUGAGCGACUUUGUCUUUACCAUUCCUAAUAGUUCUAUUGUUUGGGGCAGUAAAUGCCCAGGAGAUUUUUUAAAGCCCAACUUCACACAUGCUUCCUAUUAGGUCUAGGCCAUGGGACAGGAGAUCUGUAGCACACAGAGAAGGUAAUAACUUUAGAGAGAGGUGAAGGCUGCAAAGUCAGUGAGUGCCUCUGGGAAAGGUGGUUAGCCAGUGAACUCUGAAGACCUGCUGUCUUGGGGAGUCCUGCAGCAAUAAUCCCACAUCCCAAGGCCCCCCAAGCAGCUCUGUGGUUGUAGGACCCCUGGAAACAACCGUACUUGGAGGUUUGGGGCGUGAGGCCUUAACAGGGAAAGAAGCUGGCUUUUCCUGGUCCCCCAGAGGUCAUGUUUGGGCUGGGCUGGCGCAAGGCCUGGCUGAAGGUGGCUCAGUCCCAUCGUCUGGGGCUCAGACCCUUGGCCCAGGGGCAGGCCAAAGGGCCGCCUACCUCAGGCAAGCCACCUCUUCAGACUGGGCUGCUGGCGGGGCCCUGGCAGCCCCUGCAUCCCCUAGGUCGGCCUCGUUUGCCUGCAGACUCUUGUGUGUGCAGCGGCAUGUGGAAAAUCCUCCAGUGGGGUGCCUUCUCCUUGAAGCCAGCGUCAGAGGUGGCCCCAUGGGAUUUCAGGUCCACAAGCCCACAGGGGCCCACACAUUUGGCAGAGCCCCCAGCGGGCAGGCAGUCAGGAUCGCUCUUCUGCUCUGGUGAGAAGGGCCAGGGUGGGCCGGGCUGGGGGCAGUCCGAGGCGCAGGCCUGGCUGAGGGUGGGUCUGGCCUUGGAGCUGGUCCCUGAUUCUGGCAUGAGGAGGACUCUCAGCAGUGACUGGCCGCCAGUUAGACUUUAAAUGCCAAAAAGAGGAAAAGAUCCUUCUCGGCUUCCCCGUUCACUGGCUCCAGAACGCAGGCACAGGUGUCUCCUGCUGGGCGGUGGGUAGGAAACCAAAUCUGAAAGGUUCCUGAUGGAGCAGCCAGGAUCAUUGAGAAGGUGUUCUUCCAGGAGCCUGGUCUCCAAAGCCCCAGACGGUAUGUUUUAAAUGAAAACACAGCAGUCAGAGUGAAGGCUGGGAACGAGCAGGCAGUUCCCUGCCGCCCAAUCUCCUGCCGUUUCCCUCACAAAUGGAGUCAGAUCUUCAGGGACUUCCACCGUCUUGCCCUGUGUUACAGACAAAAGCAGACUUUCUCAUGGCCCCUGGCCCACCCCACGUCACCGAUUCUCAUCCCAGAUGACACGGUCCCUAAUCCCGGCGGGAAACAGAAGCGUGGCGCUUCCCACCCGAGAGCAGGUCUUCACCCAGCUGCUCGGCGGGAGUGUCACGGCUUCCAGGCGAGAAGGCUGAGUGGUCGGAGCACAGCCGUGGGCCCCUGAGGCCGCGGAACUGACGGGGCGCAUGCAGCUUGGUGGUCGGAAGAGAAAGGUCACCUGCCGGUGCUGGGGGCCCAUCCAAGAAGCCCGCCAGCCACACGCGAGAGCCGCUUUUCCAGGCCCAGCCCUGCUCUGAGGAGCUGAGACAGCACCCAGGCCGGGCAAGGCACCUUACUCGCUACUCGCUGGGCCUCCUCGAGGUGUGUGGCUGUGUGGGUGAACGUACGUGUGUGUGUGUGUGUGUGUGUGGGCGCGCGCGCGUGCUCAGUCAUGUAUGAUUCUUUGUGAUCAUGGAUUGUAGCCUCCUGGGCUUCUCUGUCCAUGGCAUUCUCCAGGCAAGAAUACUGGAGUGGGGUGGCAUUUCCUCCUCCAGGGGAUCUUCCCCGCCCAGGGAUCGAGCCUGCGUCUCAUGCGUCUCCUACAUUUGCCAGGCGGAUUCUUUGCCACUGUGCCACAUGGGAAUCUAGAACGUUUUCUCGAGUACAGCUCCUGCAAAACUUGGUGUGUUCAAGGUUAAUCAGAAUCUUGUAUUCUUUUGAGUAGUUUUCUUUGUAAAAAUGAAGGAUUUUUUAAAGCACUCUGUUUUGAUAGAAGGACCGUGGGGAAGGCCAGCCUUGUUUCUCUGUCCUCCCCCAAGUAAGCCCGGUCCUGUCUUCUGAGUGAUCUGCUGCUCGUGGUGGGGCUGCGGGCUGCGGAGGGGACGCGGGGUCAGAGGUGGGGGGGCCCGCUGUGCUCCAGCCCCUGCCUCGUCUCACUGGGCUCUGUAAGAGUUCAGGGGUGGACGGAAAACAGUAAUGUCACUGGAUGCUUCUUUAGAAAUAAAAACGAAUGCUGCUGAA